AUAGAGUCUCUUAGUUGUCUCCUGUGCUUGAGAACCGUUUUGGUGUCUCUCCACUAUACAUGUCCUAAUGCUUAUUAUUAUAGGUUUUCUGGAAUUGUCCGAGCUUACAGCACCAAAAUUAGUUGCAUUAAAUCGACCAAGAUUAAUAAACGGUCAGCUGCAUGUUAUUAUUGUCAAAAUAGAAGUGCCUAAACUCGUCCGUUGUUACUUGCUUGAUAAAUCGGGGAAGAAACGUACAAGCACCAUGUCGACAACGACAGACUGACUUAGGCUAUAUUUGUUUCCCUCCUAACUUAUAUAUAAGCUAGAUUAUAGUGAAAGUGUAGGAGGAUAAAAUAUCUCUUUGAAACAUAAAUAAGCUAAAAUAAACUAGUAUUGGGUAGUUUAUUUCAGUUUAUUCGUAACCUCGAAGUGAUAUUUUACCCUCAUAUCAUUCUACCAUAAUCCAACUUAGAUCACUGGAGCACCAUCAGCUUGCAAUUGCAUUGCAAUGUCCGACACGUGACCAUGUCUGACACCACCAUCUCCUCUCUCCAUCCUUGCGUUCAUUUCCUGCCAUGGAACUCGGAAUGAUGAAGCAGAGGGUUUAUAUGCUUAUUUCCACGGCCAAAUCACCUCAUAUGCACAAUCAGCGCCACGCCGCCAACGCCACGUAGGAAGAGUCCAUCAAGGAGCAACCCAUUUAGAGCUUGUUCGGUUAUUUGCAAUCCAUAUGGAUUGGAGGGGAUUGAUAUGGAUUGUGAGAGAUUUUGACUUACUAGGGAUUGAAACCCCCUCAAUCCCUCUCAAUCCAUAUGAAUUGGGGUUGAACCGAACAAGCCCUUGAUUGAAAACAUAGAUCCUAUAUUCACGAGAGAGCCGAAGAUGCCUCUUUUUGGACUCCCGACUUCACUCCGUGUCUGAGAGUGCUCCUCUCUAUUUUUAGGAAGAAGACAAUAGAGAAUUUUCUUGUUUGGUACAUUUUUUGAAGUAGCUAUUAAAAGAGCAUUUGAAAGAGCCCUACCAAAGAAGACACAAGUGACACACUUGAACGAUAUUAUAGUGCCAGAAAUGUAUUUUGAAAAUAUAUUUUGAGAGUUUGUGGACCGAAGGGGUACACUUAAAUAAUACUAGGGUGCCAGAAAUGCAUUUUGAUAGUUUGUGAACCUAAAUGGCACCUCCAGACAAGUUCAAGGGACUACUAUAUAUUCAACUCUACAAUAUAUGUAGCAGACAUGGUAAUCUACUGAGCUGAGACUUGUGCGCACCUGAUGAUCCAGUCAAUGAUGCGAAGUGGCGUGCACCUGUACAUGGAGCUUCUUUUCAAGAUUUUCUAUCCAGCACGGGCCAAACAACGUUGACUAGAGAGGCAAUGGAAGGAUAUAUAAUAGUCCAAUAUGUGCCCUUCAAUCGCCUUUCCAGGAAGUUGCCAUGGUUGAUUCCUUCACUUUGUUUCCAGAAGCACAGUUACACGUGAGGAAUUAGCAACUUAUCCCAUUUCAGAACCCAUUUCCCAGACUUGCAAUGGCAUGACAAAAAAAUCAGACUUAUUUCUUCGGAAAAAAUAUGUUACUAAAUUCUACAGGUAACAAGAGCAACGACUUCAGGGUCAACAACAACAACAACAACAACAACAAAGCCUUUUUUGUCCCAAGCACGUUGGGGUAGGCUAGAGAUGAAACCCCGUAUGAAAACCUCAGAGCUCAACCCCCAAAGAACAGAAAAGGGAAACAAAGGCAAAGGAGAACCGAAAACAACGAAACGGGGAAACACAUAAAAGAGAUAAAACCCACAAGGACCAGCAAGAUCUAAAAUGGACACAAGAAAAGGUCAAACGAUUAAGGAGGAAAAGCGAAACUAUCAAUCAGGGUUCUGGCACGUGAAUGGUACAGAAAUAACUCUGAGUGCCCUCAACCACCACACCAGCAGUUCAGCAUUCCCCAUUUGCAUUGCUAGGGGAGAGACAAUAGAGAGCCAAAGAGGGGAGAAAAGACACUAUGCCGAUUGGAGAGGUUGUGCUAUCUGCCUUCACGCAGGCACUCUUUGAGAAAGUGCUUGCUGCUACUAUCGGAGAGCUGAAACUCCCUCCAGAUGUCACUGAAGAACUGCAAAGCUUAUCGAGCAUCCUGUCAACAAUUCAAUUUCAUGUCGAAGAUGCCGAGGAGCGGCAAUUGAAGGAUAAGGCUGCACGCAGCUGGCUUGCCAAGCUCAAGGAUGUCGCGGAUGAGAUGGAUGACUUGCUUGAUGAGUAUGCAGCCGAGACUCUGCGAUCCAAACUAGAAGGUCCAUCCAACCAUGACCAUCUGAAGAAGGUUAGGAGCUGUUUCUGCUGUUUUUGGUUGAACAAGUGUUUCUUUAAUCAUAAGAUAGCGCAGCACAUAAGGAAGAUUGAGGGGAAACUCGAUAGGCUUAUCAAGGAAAGACAAAUUAUUGGUCCCAACAUGAACAGUGGGACCGACAGGCAGGAGAUAAAGGAGAGGCCCAAAACAAGUUCGCUGAUCGAUGACUCAAGUGUGUUUGGAAGAGAAAAAGAUAAGGAAACCAUUGUAAAGAUGUUGCUGGCCCCUAAUAAUAACUCAGGCCAUGCCAACCUUUCUAUUAUUCCCAUAGUGGGCAUGGGGGGACUAGGAAAGACGACUCUAACACAGCUCAUCUACAAUGAUGAAAGAGUAAAGGAGCAUUUCCAGUUAAGGGUGUGGUUGUGUGUUUCUGAAAAUUUUGACGAGAUGAAGCUUACCAAGGAAACAAUUGAAUCAGUUGCUAGUGGAUUCUCAUCAGCCACAACAAACAUGAACCUGCUCCAAGAAGACCUCUCAAAAAAGCUGCAAGGUAAAAGAUUUCUUCUAGUCCUUGAUGAUGUAUGGAAUGAGGAUCCUGAAAAAUGGGACAGAUAUCGUUGUGCUCUACUUAGCGGGGGAAAGGGAAGCAGGAUUAUAAUUACCACGCGAAACAAAAAUGUGGGGAUACUAAUGGGUGGGAUGACUCCUUACCAUCUAAAGCAGCUAUCAAACGAUGAUUGCUGGCAGUUGUUCAAAAAACAUGCAUUUGUAGAUGGUGACUCCAGUUCACACCCAGAAUUAGAAAUAAUAGGCAAGGACAUCGUGAAGAAGUUGAAAGGCCUGCCACUAGCUGCAAAAGCAGUCAGCAGUUUACUAUGUACCAGGGAUGCAGAGGAAGAUUGGAAGAACAUACUAAAGAGUGAAAUAUGGGAAUUGCCAUCAGACAAGAACAACAUAUUGCCAGCUCUGAGAUUGAGUUACAGCCAUUUGCCAGCCACACUGAAGCGAUGUUUUGCAUUUUGUUCAGUGUUUCCCAAAGAUUACGUCUUUGAGAAAACAAGGUUGGUUCAAAUAUGGAUGGCCCUUGGGUUCAUUCAGCCUCAAGGAAGGAGAAAGAUGGAAGAAAUUGGGAGUGGCUAUUUUGAUGAAUUGCAAAGCAGAUCCUUCUUCCAACAUCACAAAAGUGGAUAUGUCAUGCAUGAUGCCAUGCAUGACCUAGCACAGUCUGUCUCAAUUAAUGAAUGCCUUAGAUUGGAUGAAGGCCUAAGGCUGCAUGAUCCCCCGCACAGCAGCAGCCCUGCAACUGCAAGAAAUGCCAGGCAUCUAUCAUUCUCUUGUGACAACAGAAGCUGGACCCAGUUUGAAGCUUUUCUUGGAUUUAAGAGAGCUCGCACACUUCUUCUACUAAAUGGAUACAAAUCGAUAACAAACUCUAUACCCAGUGAUCUGUUCAUCAAGUUGAAGUACCUUCAUGUGCUUGAUCUGAACCGACGAGACAUUACUGAGCUGCCUGAUUCUAUUGGUAACUUAAAAUUGCUUCGAUAUUUGAAUCUUUCAGGCACUGGAAUAGAAAUGUUGCCUUCAUCAAUCGGUAGGCUCUUCAGCCUGCAAACAUUGAAGUUGCAAAACUGUCAUUCACUAGAUUACCUCCCAAAGACCAUAACCAAUCUCAUAAAUCUUCGAUGGCUAGAAGCAAGGACGGAGUUGAUCAAUGGCAUAGCUGGAAUAGGGAACUUGACUUGCCUUCAACAGCUGGAGGAAUUUGUUGUCCGUAAGGACAAAGGAUACAAGAUCAGUGAAUUGAAGGCAAUCAACGGGAUCACAGGACAAAUCUGCAUUAAGAAUCUUGAGAGCGUGGCAAGUGUGGAAGAGGCUGAUGAAGCUUUGCUAACAAAGAAGACAAACAUCAACAAUUUACACCUUAUAUGGUCCGAAAGUAGGCGUUUGACUUCAAAAACAGCAGAUAAAGACAUGAAGAUACUUGAACACCUCCAGCCACAUCAUGAACUCAGUGAGCUGUCAGUCAAGGCCUUUGCAGGCAUAUACUUUCCAAAUUGGUUAAGUAAACUAACUCAAUUGCAAACCAUCCACCUGUCUGACUGUACAAACUGUUCAGUUCUACCAGCACUUGGAGUACUUCCCCUACUCAAGUUUUUAGAUUUCGGGGGUUUCCAUGCCAUUGUUCACAUCAACCAAGAGUUUUCAGGAACCAGUGAGGUCAAGAGGUUUCCAUCACUGAAGGAACUGGUAUUUGAAGACAUGUCUAACCUAAAAGGUUGGACUUCUGUACAAGAUGGUCAGUUGCUUCCAUUGCUCACAGAGCUUGCAGUGAUUGACUGCCCACUACUAGAAGAAUUUCCAUCUUUCCCAUCAUCAGUAGUGAAGCUCAAAAUUUCUGAAACAGGGUUCGCUAUUCUUCCAGAAAUAUAUACUCCAAGUUCUCAAGUUUCAUCAUCAUUGGUAUGCCUAGAAAUUCACCAGUGCCCAAAUCUUACAUCAUUAGAGCGAGGACUGCUUUGCCAGAAAUUAUCAAUGCUCCAGCAAUUAACCAUCACCGGUUGCCCAGAAUUAACUCAUCUGCCAGUUGAAGGAUUCAGAGCCCUGACUGCUCUUAAGAGUAUUCAUAUCUAUGAUUGUCCAAAGCUGGAACCAUCCCAACAGCAUAGCUUGCUGCCCUCCAUGCUUGAAGAUUUACGCAUCAGCUCAUGCUCCAAUCUAAUCAAUCCUCUUCUUCGAGAGAUUGAUGGGAUAUUCUCAAUGACAAAUCUUGCCAUAACUGAUUGUGCCAGCCUUCGAUAUUUUCCAGUAAAGCUUCCUGCCACUCUGAAAAAGUUGGAGAUCUUCCAUUGUAGCAACCUAAGAUGCUUGCCUCCUGGCAUAGAAGCGACAUCUUGUUUGGCAGCUAUGACAAUUUUGAAAUGUCCUCUUAUACCGAGCUUGCCAGAACAGGGCCUCCCACAAUCACUGAAAGAAUUGUACAUCAAAGAAUGCCCGCUGCUAACAAAGAGCUGUAAAGAAAAUGAUGGUGAAGAUUGGCCUAAAAUUGCUCAUGUACCAACCAUAGAGAUUGAAGAUGAUAGUACCAUGACCGACUGGAGCAUAAGAAGAUCAUUCUAUACACAUCAUAGUGACACAGGAGAUCAUCACUGAAUUAUGAAUGUUGCUUCAAGAACAUUAUACCUGAUAGGUUCCAUCCAGCAUCAGAUUGCAGUAUCCAAAUGUAUGAAUCUACAGCUAGAUGGUUCAGUCAAUACUUCUCAAGAAAAUAAGGUAUUUUCACUAGACAACAUCACAAGAAUACUGGCAAGUAGCCAUGUCAGUUUCUUUCUUCUGUGUAACCACAUUCCAAUCAUCAGGAACCUGUGCCUCUGAUAGUACCGCCAUGUCAAGGUAUUAUGUCGCGGAUCAUUAGUUUUUUUUGGUUCUUUUCUUUUUAGCUUUUUGAGGGAUUUUGUGGUGCUAGCAUGAACCUUUGUAUAUAAAACUGAGAGAAAAUUUGGAGGCAUGCAGAAGUUACAGGGUGGAAGGUACUA